AUCUUCAAUAUUAUUUGUCAUCAUCGUUUUGACGCCGACAUCUACUGUUCGUCCAAGUUUUACGCACAUAUUAAACCGAGACUUUGUCUCCCGCGUACGCGAAUUGAUCCACUGUUCCACAAGUCCACGGUGAAGUCGAAUCAACGUUUUUCAACAUCAACGGCGCCGAUAUGUGGCGAAUUAUUUUAUGGGUGGCUGCGGCAGUUGCCCUUGUCAGCGGAGAUCUAGUCAGAGUUCCUCUCUACAAAGCACAAAGUGCUAGAAGGAAGCUUCAAUCUGUUGGUACUGAAGUGCAGCAAAUCCGUUUACGGUACGGUGGUCCCACUCCUGAACCUCUGUCGAAUUACUUGGAUGCGCAAUAUUACGGCUAUAUAACGAUUGGCAACCCACCCCAACAGUUCAGUGUCGUAUUUGACACUGGCUCAUCCAACCUCUGGGUGCCCUCCAAAAAAUGCCACUACACAAACAUAGCUUGCUUGCUUCACAACAAGUACGAUAGCAAAAAAUCAACUACCUACCAGGCAAAUGGUACCAAAUUUGAAAUUCGCUACGGAUCAGGGAGUCUCUCCGGAUUUUUAUCCACCGAUGUGGUAUCAUUCGGAAAUGUUGACGUUCAGAAACAAACGUUUGCCGAAGCUAUGAGUGAGCCUGGGCUCGCAUUUGUGGCGGCCAAAUUUGAUGGAAUUUUAGGAAUGGCAUACCCAAGAAUCUCAGUCGACGGAGUGACGCCAGUUUUCAACAACAUGCUGAACCAGGGUCUCAUAUCUCAACCAGUUUUCAGCUUCUACUUGAACAGGGAUGCUUCACAGAAGCUUGGUGGCGAAUUGAUUCUUGGCGGUUCCGAUCCCGAACAUUAUACUGGUGAUUUCACGUACGUUCCAGUCGACCGUCAAGCCUACUGGCAAUUCAAAAUGGACAAAGUCAAAGUAGGAGAUAAAGUAUUCUGCAAAAACGGGUGUGAGGCGAUCGCGGAUACGGGAACUUCUUUGAUCGCUGGACCUGUUGAAGAGGUUGAAGCUAUAAACAAGGCUAUUGGUGCAACUCCACUCGUAGCUGGGGAAGCUAUGGUCGAUUGCAAGCUGAUAUCGAGUCUCCCAACAAUUGGGUUUGUCUUGGGACAAAAAACGUUCACCCUGAAAGGUGAAGACUACAUUCUGAAGGUGAGUCAAUUCGGCAAAACUAUUUGUCUUAGCGGAUUUAUGGGCAUUGAUAUUCCACCGCCGAAUGGGCCGCUAUGGAUAUUGGGAGAUGUUUUCAUUGGACGUUACUACACAGAGUUCGAUAUGGGAAACAACCGCAUUGGUUUCGCUAUCACCAAAUAAACGAGUAAACGACUAAAUAGAUGAAAGUAAAAUUAUACAUAAUACCCUACACUGACAGUAAUACUGUGACUGCAGUGAUACGCCCUACGCGUUUAUUUUAUACAUAAUGAACUUAUUGUGUACAAGUAGUGAACUUUGAUACCAUCUAAAUAUGCAGAGCCGCCAUAGCAAUAGCUGCCGACGCUGUAAAUAUGAUCAACGCAUUGUAAUACCUGUGUAUUAACAAUUAAAUGCUAUCAUUAUUAAAAUCUUCUGCUGAAUAGUUGUACAAUAUAA